AUGCGCUCACAAGUUCAAAUAUCUCUGAUUCUCGCAUUCGCCACGCAGGUACUUGCGCAGGCACAACCGUGGGGACAAUGCGGAGGUAACGGCUGGACAGGCCCCACCAGUUGCGUCUCUGGAUGGUGUUGUCAGGCAUCAAAUGAGUGGUACAGCCAGUGCAUCCAAGGUAGCUGCGGAGGCGGUGCGACUACCACCACAACCGUUCGGACUACAAUCACUUCCGCGAAAACUACUACUCCCGCCACGACUACACGCACCACAACAAGCUCAGGCGCAAAUCCAACUACCUCUUCUGGCAGCGGUACCUGUAGUGGAAGUAGCGCAGCGGUGAACCAGCUCCAGGGUUAUGGUACGGGGACAACUGGAGGUGGUUCUGGAUCUGGUACCACUGUUACAUCCUGUUCAGCGCUCGAGGCUGCGCUCAGUGGUACUACGGGCGGUGUGAUCCGUAUCAGUGGCCUUCUCAACGGUUGUGGAACAUACCGAGUCCCAUCUGAUACCACUAUUGUGGGCGUUGGCUCAAACUCCGGCAUGGUAAACGGCGGUCUCUACGUUCGCCGUGUUUCCAAUGUCAUUAUCCGCAACCUUAAGUUGAGCCCCCCGGCUAAAGGUGACGCAGUCAACAUUGAUGGCUCUGCUCGUGUCUGGGUAGACCAUUGUGAGUUCUACAGCUUAGGACUUGUUGGCGGGAAAGAUGAUUUUGAUGGACUCCUUGACGUCAACCAUGGAUCCGACUUUGUCACUAUCUCAUGGAACAAGUUCCGCGACCAUUGGAAAGGAUCCCUCGUCGGCCACUCAGAUAACAAUGCCAGCGAAGACACCGGAAAGCUUCACGUAACAUAUCAUCACAACUCUUUCACUAACGUUAACUCUCGUCUACCAUCUGUUCGCUUUGGAACCGCUCACAUUUUUAGUAACUGUUAUUCCAACAUCCCAACCUCCGGAAUCAAUUCUCGAAUGGGUGCUCAGGUUCUGGUUGAACAGAACCAUUUCCGUAACACCCAGCUUGCAAUAGUAACCAACCUCGAUUCCGACUACGACGGAUAUGCUGUCCACCGCAACAACAUCUUUGAUAGCUCAAAUAUUAGAAUUACACAAGUUGGAUCGUUCAGCUCUCCGCCUUAUUCCUAUACUGCUUCCCCAGCAUGCCGUGUCUGUGAUCUCAUUGCUUCCUCUGCCGGUACCGGUGUUAUCAGUGUCUAA